AUGAAUUUUGACAAUGCUGCGUUUAAGCACCGUAUGCUUCAACAGAAAACAGCUCCAGGCUAUGAGAAACUGCCCAUGAAGAGAGGAAUCUUUUUCGACAUGUUCCCCUUCAGCGUGAUUUUCCGCAGGGACAUGACCAUGUAUCGGAUCGGAGACGGUUUGAAGCAGGCGUUUUCUGAUCUGCAGGGUAAAAAAGUCGAUGAAGAAUUUAAACUGGUGCGACCCAUGCUGGAAUUCAGCUGGGACAAUAUCUACACCCACCUCAACAAUGUGAUCGAGUUGCUGUCUAAAGCUGUGGUCGAGAGCAAACAGAAAGUCAACGUUCCUAAACUCGACAGAGGAGAAAGAGGAAAGCGAAAAACCCCAAAAAGGAAGAAAGAGGUGAUGGAGGACAUACAAGGCACGGACCAGGAAUACAGCAGCUCUUUGACUCGAUACAACAGCUCGGCAAACUCGGGAGGAGAGGACAUCGAGCUGCUGGCUUUUCAGACAGUCAACGGUAAGUGCAACGAAACCAUAUUUGAAGAUAUGCGAGAGCCCCCUAAAAAGCCUCUCCAUCUGAAGGGUCAGAUGAAGUACGUCCCGCAGUGGGACUCCCUCAUCUUCCUUGGAACCCCAAUGUAA